AUUCAUUAAAAACAUUAGGUACAAUACAACCCGGUGAAAUAUCCCAAAGACUCAUAACGUGCAGUGAAAUGGUCCGAGUUAAAAGGGUUUUCUGGUAUUUACCGAUGGCCGAAGCCGAUGCGAGGCUGUUAUUGACAAAGCAAUAAUUUAUUAGCUCGCCGGUGAGCGAGUUCUUUGUUAGAGAGAAAUGCUAUUCUUGUCCAAAAAUCAGCUCAUUCCAGUUGAUAGGUAGUAGAUUCGGGGAAGCACGAGUCAGAAGUCGAUGAUUGUAUCGAUUGAGAUGCAUGACAUGGCGCGUAAAGCUGGACUGAGCUGUUGAUAACGCGUUAAGACUGAACAAUGAGGAGAAAGAAAGGAGCAGCGUCCUCUAAUCAUGUGGAUCCCUCGGAGUCAGACACUAUCAUUCCAGAGACUCCUGAAACCCAACGUCCAUCAGGAUCAGCUCUCUCCACUGCCCUUUCUGACUCUGACUCUGAUAUUGAGAUCUUAGGCAGUUCCAUGAUGCCAGUCAGGCAAGAAGAGCCUGAGAAAAUAGUGCUGUCAUCUGAUGAUGAGAUAUCACUGUCUGAUGAAGAGGACGUAACUGUGAUGAAGACUGAGAGGAGGCCGAAGCACAGCAGAACAACGAGAUCUACCUCAAAAGCUCUAAAAACACGACAGAAAGGAUCACGUAUGGUGACCAAUAGUGCGCGCCCCUCGCCCCUGAAGACGUCUGGGAUGGCAGCGUCUGAUUCGGUCCAUGAGAGGAGACAGCAGCAGAUGUGUGGCGCUUCCCAGGAGAGCGACAGCUCCCAUCACAGGAGAAAGAGGCGGGCUUCUGCGGUGGAUGAUUCAGAGGAGGAGGAGCCUGAGCCGAGAUCUAAAGAUCAGGAACGUAUGCUGAGAAAACUCCAGAGGAAAUUUCCCCAUCUAAACAAGAAUGAACUCAGGGAUGUGCUUCAGGAACAUAGCUGGCUUAUUGACGAUGCCUUGGAAACACUACGAAUGUUCUCUGACCUUGAAGUUGAGUCUGAGGAUGACACCUCUCAAAUUUCCACUGCUGCCAAACGCACCAGACGGGGCGCAAGUACCCAUCAACAAACUCAGGUUGUCCAACUUCCCAGCCGACCCCAACCAAAACCACACAGACCUCUUGACGGGACCAAACCAUCUCAGAGGAGUGCAAAGCAGUCGGUAGUGACCAAAACCAUAUAUGUGAGCUCAGAGGAGGAGUGCAGUGACUCUGAGGCCUCUUUGGUGAAUGUAUUACUGGACUCUGACUCUGACCAAUCAGAUGAAACCCUAUCCAAACUCAAAUCUGAGAUCCUCAGCUUCUUUCAGACCGCUUCUGUGGAUGAGCUCACACUCAUUGCAGGAUGCUCUUUGAAGAAGGCUCAGAAAAUCACCGAGCUGAGACCCUUUAAAACAUGGAAAAACCUGGAUGACACCAUGCACAGAGGAAACUGUCUUUCCACUGAGCUGCUGACAGGAUGUAGGGAGGUUCUGAAGGAAAGGGAAGUUGUUAAAGGUCUCAUGAGCAAGUGUGAGGAGAUAUCGGUAAAACUGAUCCAAGACGUGACCCAAGUGAUGAACAAGGGCCCGGGCUCUAUGAGCCAACCCCAGAUCCUCACUAGCACAUUCCAGCUGAAACCGUACCAGCUGAUUGGACUUAACUGGCUGGCUUUACUACAUCAGAACAAACUUAGUGGAAUCCUGGCAGAUGAGAUGGGUUUGGGAAAGACCAUUCAGACCAUCUCGUUUCUGGCCCACCUUUAUCAGGAAGGGAACAAUGGGCCUCAUCUCAUCACCGUUCCUGCUUCUACACUUGAUAAUUGGGUUCGGGAACUGAAACUUUGGUGCCCCAGUUUCAAAGUGCUGAUAUAUUAUGGGUCUGCCGAGGAUCGCAAGUAUAUGCGCUAUGAGAUUCUGAAUCAAAUAGUGGAUUACAACAUCAUUGUCUCCACUUACAACCUGGCUAUUGGAAAUAGCAGUGACCGCAGCCUGUUCUGCAAGCUCAAGCUGGAGUAUGCUGUGUUUGACGAAGGCCACUUGCUGAAGAACAUGAACUCGCUGCGCUACCGACACCUCAUGGCCAUCAACGUCCUGAAGCAGCUGCCUGCCAAAGAGGAGCAGGUUGAAUUUUGUGCCAUGUCCGAGAAGCAGCAGGAACUCUACAACGCUCUUUUCCACAAACUGAAGCGCUCCAGUAAUGGGGAAAAACGCGAGCUGACAAAUGUGAUGAUGCAGCUGAGGAAGAUGUCCAACCACCCGCUUCUUCACCGGCAGUAUUAUACCACAGAAAAACUCAAAGCUAUGAGCAGACUCAUGCUCAAGGAGCCGAGUCACCGUGACGCAGAUCCCGCUCUCAUCAAAGAGGACAUGGAGGUGCUCUCGGACUUUGAGUUGCACCGCCUCUGUCAGCAGUAUUCUGCACUGCAGGAAUACCAGCUUGAUACAGACAUACUGCUGGACUCGGGGAAGCUCGGCCUCCUCGCACAGCUGCUGAACUCCCUGAAGGAGAAGGGUGAUCGAGUGGUGCUCUUUAGCCAGUUCACAAUGAUGCUUGACAUUUUGGAGGGGUUCCUGAGACACCAUAAGCACAGAUACAACCGACUGGACGGUUCAACCCCCAUGAGUGACAGAAUUGGGCUGAUUGACCAGUUCAACACAGACCAGGAUAUAUUUGUGUUCCUGCUGUCCACCAGAGCUGGAGGACUAGGCAUUAACCUGACUUCAGCCAAUGUUGUCAUCCUUCACGAUAUCGACUGCAACCCUUACAAUGACAAACAGGCAGAGGGACGCUGCCACCGGGUGGGACAAACCAGGACGGUGAAGGUGAUGAAGCUGAUAAGUAAGGACACCAUAGAGGACGCCAUGCUCCGAAUUGGAGAAAGAAAACUCAAACUAGAGCAGGACAUGACCGCAACUCAGGAGGGUGAAGAGGACUCAUUACCUGAUGAUGUGACCUCGCUGCUCAAAGCUUCUCUUGGACUCUGAAAGCUGGCUCAUAUUGUGAGACUUGACGGAAUCUGAAAGAAAAAAAGUACUUUAGCACACCGGAGUUUGAUUUUUCUAUACUGCUCGCAAAAAAAUAUGAGGUUCAAAGGAGCAGAUGCGUUUACAUUUCUACUGUUCGUGGCAAAAAAUACUGUAAUAUUGUAGUGAUGUUGGUGUUUGUUUGAUUGUUUUUGUAUUCA